AUUCACAACUAGUUAAAUUGCAAAGUUAUAGGUAUUUCUUGCGAUUAUGCCUACCGAUUCAAGAAGAAUACCUGCUCCGGAAAAUAGCUUCAGUCCAGAUAUAUAUAUUUCUGAUAGUAAGAAAACAACGCAGUUAUUGGAUAAUGGCCGUCGUUUUGAUGGAAGAAGUUCAGAUGAAGUGAGACCAUUAUUUUUGAAAACUGGUGUCAUAUCACAAGCUCGAGGUUCAUCAUAUAUAGAAAUGAAAAAUACCAAAGUUAUUUGUGCUGUAUAUGGACCUAGAGAUAUUGGAAGAAGAGAUGAUUUUCAAAUGGAAGGUGUGUUGAAAUGUGAAUUCAAAUUUGCUCCAUUUUCAUGUAAACAAAGAAGAGGUCAUAUACGUGACAAUCAAGAAAUGGAAUAUUCGCAAAUUUUAGCACAAGCUCUUGAGCCUGCAGUAUUGAUGCACAAAUUUCCAAAAGCACAAGUUGAUGUUUAUGUCACUGUAUUAGAAAAUGAUGGAGGUUCUCUAGCUGCUGGUAUCAUGGCGGCAUCACUUGCAUUAACAGACGCAUCUAUUGAAAUGUAUGAUAUGGUUACAUCCUACAAUGUACGACUAUCAGGAAAGAAUAUGUUAAUUCAUGAUCCAACAGCGUUAGAAGAAUUUGAUUCCAAUACAAGUGAUGGUACGUUAUGCAUAAAUCAAGGAAAUGUUACAGUUGCCCUUCUUCCACUUUUAAACCAGGUUUCUGGCAUGGUAUCAACUGGCAUCAUUGACUGUGACAUGCUCUCAGAUGCCAUACAAAAGUGUACUGAUGGAGCACAAAGUAUUUAUUCUGUUAUGCAAAAAGCUGUCAUAGAAUCCUACAAUGAAAAUGAUGUUACAGAUGGUGAAGAGACCUGAUAUUUACAGCAAUGUGAUAGGAAUGCACCACAAGAUGUGUAUCGAUUAUGGAUUAUGCUUGAUGGUUGGGUCAGGCUUGGCGAAACUGUUAUGUGUGGGGUGGUUCCUAGAAAAGCAGGAAGUUUGUCAAAUGACUUCCAGUAUUUAUUUUUACAUAUGAUGAUUUUAAAACGAGAUUGGAACAAUAGACACUGGUUGGAAGUGCGCAGACGACAUUUUGAACAUCUAUGAGUGUAAUAUAUGCCUUUAGAAAACUGUAAAAGUUAUUCCUCGUAAAAAUAAAUAGCUGUUUGACGAAUUUUCUAGCGACCACCCUGUACAAGCCAAUAUAGCAGAUAUCUGUUGCAUGCGUGUUUUAACAAUCAUGUUAAUAAACUAUUCUGAAGUGAGAGGAAUAUAAUAAUGUAUUUUGGA